AUGUCGCAUUUGACGGAAAACUUAGUCAAAGGACUAGUUGUGGUGCUUAUGGCUUUUCUGGUAGUUCAAACUGUUUCUGAUUGCAAUGUCUGUCAAUCGAAUCAAGUGGCCUGCGUAAACUCCUCCUCCUUUUAUUUGUGUUUUGGCGAUGAAACCCCUCAUCGUGAUCAGCUGUACCAUUGUCUAGAAGGCUUCGACUGCACCAAUCUCACGGCGAUUUGUGUUCAAAAGAGCAGCCAACGUCCUCCAAGUUGCGGGGAUACCACGCAAUGUGGCCAAUGCAAUGCCAAUCGGAAUUAUCUGUUCGCCUGCCAGAGUCGUGGAAUUUUUCAGAUGUGCUAUGGGGCCACCAGACCCACGGGAAAAUUCGGCUACUGCCCCUCGGGAACAGUUUGCGAUGCCACCAGCAGUGCGAUCUGUGUGCCCGAGGUCGAGGGUCAAGCCCUGACUUGUGAUUUAAAUGAUGAGCUGGUGGACACCACCACGGCAGCACCCGUUACCACCACUGAAAACACCACUAGCAGCACCACUGGGAGCACCACUGAGAGCACCACUGAAACCACAGUAGUCAGUAGUAGCACUGAAUCAACCACCACAGUGAUCCCUCUUACUACCGAUCAGAUGUGCACGCAGAAAAAUGCCACCGGGCUUUUCACCAUCAUACCCGAGGAUCCCUAUUGUCAGCGCUACAUUAGUUGCUACUUUAAGAGCAAUGUUCUUAUCAAAUCAGCGGAAUACAACUGUCCUUCGGAUUCCUACUUCGUUUCCGAGACUCAGAGUUGCGCUUACGACAAUCCAGGCUACUGUAUUUUAAGCUGA